AGCCUACAUAAGUACGUAACCUCACAGCUUCAGCCCCCGUCCAUCAAUCAGAUCACGAAGUAUUUUACCUAUCUAUUUUUACUUGAAUCAUGCUAGUACCUAACUAUAAAUCUCUUGAUCCACCUGCAUCUCCUCGAGGACAUUCCCCACGAGUAUUAAAUUAGAAUCUCGCAUCAUGGAAUACAACCAAUCCUGAUAAUCGAGGGUAGAUAACCACUGCUCGUAUUUUCCCACUUCCUCAAUAAGCACGCCACUGCUAUACAUCUACAGAACCAAUCCCAUAUCCUCCAAUUGAGUAUACCUAAAACCUGGGCUUACACGUAUCGACUAUUCAUGUCUUGGAAGGCAUGUUGGCAUUAAUAAUUCAAAAUUGACACCGAGGGUUUAUUCAAUUAUGAUAAGUCAGGUUAAAGUUCUGUCUAAUGCGUUUAACUAGGUACCUACCUAGGAGGUAUAUUACAAGCGUUUCUUUAGAUGUAUAUCAGGUAUCUAGAGUAAAGGUCAUUGAACUUACGAUAUGUACCUAACCUGCCUACCUUAGGUAGAUACCUUAGGUAUUACACGUAGUAAAAGAGUUGAAUCGUAUCGUAACUUCCCGUCUUGAAUGAUAACUUACACCACGCAGCUAUUCUAUCGAGACUAAAAAUUAGACCAGUUUCCAAUAUUUUCAACAUGUAACCCCUCCGGAACUAUUCCAGUCAUUCUCAGGUCAAUGAUACUCAGUCAAUAUGUUACGCUUACCACCAACUACGCUCUCCUUAACCAUGACAGAGGUCAAGGACUUUGAACGUCAUCUUCGAUUCAAGAAGUAUCUUGCUAAAGAAGAUAGCUUAGGCAAACUUCCCAUACGCGUCAAGAAAACUGUUGUCGUAGCUGACAGCUUCGAAUCCGAAUAUGACAAUGUAAAUCAGCCAACCUCGGAACUCCCCUCCAGAGGAUCAUCAGAUACACCUGUCAAAGAAAGCUCUCAUCUCCCGGCAUGUCCACCCCAGCGUCCACUAAAGCUAAGCAGUGACUCUGUUGAAAGCAGCCCUCCGGGUAUAGCAUCCUCUUCACAGGCCGGGACCCCAACUUCUUCGACGUUGUCACAUCCUAUGGGUUGGGGAAACUUACCUGCUACGUUGCCUCCACCGUUCUCGAAAGAAAAACGGUCCAUCUCAGAUGCGCAAUCACUUCCAUCUGCCCAUGGAAGCAUGCGGGCGCGGGUGCAGCCUCGCCGCGACAGCUCUAGCCAAGAACCACCAGAAACACCCCCGCGACGAUCAUCACUUCGGAUGGCGCAUACUGAUGUUCGUUCGGGUUCCCCAACCCUUCGAAGAAAGAGGCCCCUUGUUAGUUCGGCUGUCAGAUUUGUCGAGUCCAUCAUCCAUCCUCACAACCGCAGCCCUUCGUCUAAUAUGCCGCGGGGCGUUGACAGCUCCGAGCCCAGUUCUCCGGAGCAGAGAGACGGGAUAGAACCCACCAGCGAAACAGAACUUGGGUUUAUGAUUUAUAACGAUUCUCUUCCGGCAUCGUCGCAGCCACAAACACCACUGAACCUCCCGGAAGCCCGCCAUCAAAGCCGUCUCCAUGGAUUAUACACCGCACCCCUUCCAAGGGCGGUCUCCCGAUCGGUAUACGGAUCUAGCACCAGACAAGGGUUGGGAGACAGCGCCAAUAGUCCAUCGGAUCUGGAGGCACCUGGGUUCCGGGGUCUUUAUGGUGGACAAGAGAAUAGCGAAGACUCAACAGUGUUCUAUGAAGCAUCGAUGUUCCAGGAGGAAGACCCGGUGGAAAGUGGAUAAGACUGAUGAGUGGAAUGAAAAGGCUUUGUUUUUAAAAAGAGCAAGGGGAGUUCACAAAAAGUCCUAAAGGGUCAACGAGUCAUAAGCACGCGCAAGUCAAUAAAGUUUUACUACACAUGGUGCGAUGGUAUACAUAUUAGGUAGUUUUUGCUAAAGGCUACAAAGGGAAUGACGCAAACAGUUGAGAUGGAGACCCAGGGAAACCGGAUGUGAAUAGCAUCAUAGGUAAUGAUGUCUCCUAGUUUGUAAUACUAGUUAUAAAGAAGGAAAACAAACAGAAAGUACGGAUCCGCGUCCCCUCUCCUUCUGAUGAUCUUUUCUUGAAUGCGGCAUACCUCCAGGGCUACGUAGAUAGUAUCGGGUGAUUAGUUUUUCCUUGGUUCCCAACAGGUACCUCGCUGCCUUGCUUUAAGUGACGAGAUGAAGAUGGAGCAAAAUCGCGAUCAGCGUCAAGCGUCA